AUGGCCCAGGCCUUCCCGUAUACCUUCUACUCGUGUCCGUGUGUCGACACUUCGACGCCGAGCGCCCGCGUGCGCGACAAGCGCUCCUCGCAGUAUUCAACCCACACCAAGGAAGAACAGGACCGCACCUUCGAUCCACGCAAAUCUCGCUCCAACUUCUCCCUAUAUCCGCUCGAGCACCUACUGUACUGUGAGGAUUGUCACCAAAUACGCUGCCCACGAUGUGUCAGCGAAGAGGUCAUCACCUGGUUCUGCCCCAGCUGCUUGUUCGAGGUUCCCAGCAGCAACAUUCGGAGUGACGGGAACAGAUGUAUGCGAAGCUGCUACAACUGCCCCGUCUGCACCGCUCCCAUGGUCGUCAACUCUCUUGAUUCCGAAAACGAAAGGCAUGUCCGCCUCGGCGAAGACGGCGAGGCCGUCCAGCCCCCCGGCCCUUUCUACCUAGCGUGUCCGUACUGCCAAUGGAGCACACUCGAAAUUGGCGUCGAGUUCGAGAAGCCCAACAACAUCUCCGGCCAACUGGCUCGUCUUGCAAAUGGAGGAAAGACCGUGCCCACCUUGCGAGAGCGGGAAAAGGCCCGUGACAAGCGCAAGGAGGCCGAAGAGCUCGGAAAGAAACCUGACGAGGAAGAAGACGAAGGCACGCCGGAUGAGGAUUUGCCCAUGGACCAUGACAUACGAUUUUCCAACCUGAGCGCCUUUUACAAGUCCCAGCUGCAAACUGAUACAAUGGGCGGCGACUACGGCUACGGCUCAUCAAGCACCCUGUCGCGAAUCAUGAGCAUGUACAGUGGAAGUGGCGCCAAGAAGUCGAAGAAGGACAGACCGUCGGCAAUGAGGGAAGCCUUCGGAUCGGACGAGGGAUUCCAAGUCCACAAUCGUUCCUCCGAAGACGAAAUCAUCAAGCGCAUGCGGCAACUCGGCUGGGAAGGGACCAUCAGCCCAGAGCAGCGUCAAAGCCAAAUACACAGCGACGUACGCUUCGCAGCUGACCUGCGGCCCGUUCCUACUCUCCUCCGCACCAAACGCGCCAAGCGAUGCAGAACAUGCCGACACAUCCUAGCCAGACCAGAGACCAAGAUAUCGAGCUCCCGCUAUAAGAUCAAGCUGCUAGCUCUCAACAACAUCCCACAGAUCUCGGUAAAGGCGCUGCCACGCCAAGUCGAAACAUCCGUCCCCGGCAUAACAGCACCGGUUCCAUUCGACUACAACAAACUGCAGCCGUUCAUGGCGAACCACUUCAUCCUCACCAUCCGCAACCCGCUCUUCGACCCCAUCCACGUGACCCUGGCGACACCGGCCAUCACUCCAGGACGAAUCCAAAGUAAAGUCACGGUGCUGUGCCCGGAGUUCGAAGUGGGCGCCAACACGGACGUGUGGGACGAGGCACUCACAGGGCCCGGUGCGACGCAGAAGAAGUCGCAGGCCCCUUCAUCCACCGAGCUGGGCGCGUCCAACCCGGCUACCCAGGCCGAGGCCGGCAAGGUCUGGGAGCGCGGCCGCAACUGGACCAGCGUCGUGCUCGAGGUCGUCGCCGACAAGGCCGAGCCGGCCGACCUCGAGGGCGGCCUCGACGAGGACGAGGACGUCCUGGAGAUCCCCAUGUUCGUGCGCAUCGAGUACGAGACCGACCUCACGGAUGACAUCAAGGAAAAGGACCGCGAAAAGGGCAAGGAGUCCGGCGGCGCAGAUGGCAGAGUGAAGAGGGAGGAGGCAUUCUGGUGUGUCCUCGGCGCCGGACGCAUCGGGGCGUUGCCCAAGCUGGGUUGA